AUGGGGAAUACAUCGUCUCAACCUGAACCAUUCCCCGAAAUCCCUGAGGAAUUUGGAGAUAUUGUUCCCGAAACUCCGAAUUCUUCUAUGGCUGAUGGGACGAAAAAAAAGAAGAAGAAACAUGUCUCCUCAGAAACUAAGUCUUCAUCGCCAGCAAUUGCGGAAACCAAUGGUACAAAGCGCUCCACGGAAUUAGACUCCAACAUGUCGAAACCUUCAAAGCGAAAGCGCGAGUCGGAACCCGAGCGCAAGCAAAAGUCCAAGAAGCAUCGCAAAUCAGAAAAACCCGUUGCCGAGUCAGUUUCGCCAGAAAACAACGCAUCGCCCUCUGCAAUUGCCAGUCAAAUCCCCCCCACUCUCAGCCAACCCACUCCGUCAAAGCCAAAGCCCAAGUCCUCGGCGAAGAAGGCCCGCAAGCAGAAUGGCGAAGAUUUCAAAACUCCCGCUUCGUCCAUUCCUCAACUUACUCCCGACUUGACAGCAGAAGAACUACCCGCUGUAGAGCAGCUAGCUGCCACAACGCAAACCCCAGCCCUCGACUCACCAAACCCCGAGGGUAGCACCACGCCAGGAGGCAGGGCCAAGGGAGUUAGAGGCUCACGCACUAGGGAGAAGGACAAUUUAAAAAUCGGAUUCUACACGCCGGAAGAAGUGCGAAAAAUCGAAGCGUACAAACUACAUUUUUGCACCGCGCAUGGCAUUGCUAGCACCAAAUUUGACGAGAUGGUGCAGCAUUCUGAGCGUGGCGCAAAUGGUGAAUUUCCAGUCUCCUCGGACGUCAUCGUGAAAAGCGACUUUUGGAACGAGAUCUACGCUCUUGUUCCAGACCGUGAUCGACGAUCUGUGUACCGAUUCAUGCGCCGGCACUUCCAAGCUUCCGCUCAAAGGGCGCACGAUUGGUCGAAGGAGCAAGAAGAUGAGCUUAUUGAGCUCCACGCCAAACACGGUCCGAAAUGGGCUUAUAUUGGUAAGCUCAUUGGACGCAGUGAUGACGAUGUCACCCAGCGCUGGAAGAACAAGCUUGAGCACCAAGGAACCAUGAACCAAGGUGCGUGGUCUGAGGAGGAAUCCAGGAUGUUCAUUGCUGCUGUGGAAUCAACGUGGCUCACUAUGAAGCCAAUGCUCGGCGACAAGUCAGGCAAGGAUAUGUACGAGCUCGAUGAGCGCCUCAUUGUAUGGGGUAACAUCAGCAAGGAGAUGGGUCACAUGCGGUCUCGACAACAAUGCGCAGACAAGUGGCGCAAGAUCGUGAGGCAGGUCAUGAUCAUGCGGGCCAAUGGCCACCCAGGCGCGGUGUUCGAUCCCAAACUCGCUGCCAAAAGAAAUGCCCACUGGAACCUGAGACUGGAGGCGCAAAGGAAGAGCUCUCAAUUUGUGAAUGAGGAUUCUGAUAACGACGAAACUAUAAAAACUACCAACCCUAACCUAAAUCUCAAUGGUGAGGCAGCACCGCCUCCCACUGCCAAUGUCAAUGUCGAGUCCGACCACGCGGCGCAUUCCGAGGAGGGUGAACCCGACUUGCCCGAGCCUCCCAAAAAGGCUAAGAAGUCCAAGCGCAAGCACAACGAAGAGCCCGCUUCUGGCCCCAUCAAGGAAGCCCCGUCGUCUCCCGCCACUCCUAAGAAGAGCAAGGAGGAGAGGAAGCGCGAGAAGAAGGAGCGACGAGAGAAAGAGAGACAAGAAAAGGAGAAGCAAGAGCAGAUUGAACAAGAAGCUCAGGAAGACAAGGCCGCACGCAAGGAGCGCAAGCGGAAGAGGAAGGAGGAGAAGAAGCAAAAGAGACUAGAAGAAGAGGAACGCUUUGCUGCCGAAGAGGCUAACAAGGCACCUAGCAGCGACGCCGAGGCCCCUGAGCCUUUUAAAAAGAAGAAGUCCAAGAAGCAGAAGCAAGCUUCCAGUGACAGCCCUGUCCCUUUGGCUGAACCCUCUCGUCCUAUUGUCGAAGCAUCCCCAUCACCCGCACCACCCAAUUCUCACCAAUCUGGCACUGAACAGGAUGCUGUGGUUGAUGAAACUGACUCGGACGGCGGAGAUGACGACAGCAGCGAAGUCAACGUUAAAUACGAGACUGACUCGGAUGAGCUGUGA